AUGUCUCCAAUGGACUUGAGGCAAGCCUUAGGUGGCCUUCUCACUCUCUCAAUGUUCAUCAUGCUGGGAAACAUGAUCAAGAAGGACCAUUUUGAUUCAAUUAAUGAUAUUGACAUUCAUCCAGCUACACCAGAUUCCCAGCAAGACUCUGCUGCAGCUAUUGACCAAAGCCUAGCCACAGUUUCGCACUUAAGCAAAAGGCCUUGGCAGCAAAAUGGUGAAGAACUAAAACCAUGCUGGAACACCUCUCCACUGAAAGAGGCAGAGCAAUCUAAUGGUUUCAUCAUGUUCUCCUUAACAAAUGGCCCUGAGUAUCAUAUCUCACAGAUUGCUGAUGCUGUGGUUGUGGCCAGAUACCUGGGAGCCACUCUUGUGCUUCCUGACAUCAAGAGUAGCAAAUCAGGAUAUACCAUGAGCCUUGGAGAUAUCUAUGAUGUUCAGAAUGUUUUGAAUAGGCUGGGUGGGUUGGUAAGAGUAACAAGUGCACAGCCUCCUCAAGCAUCCAAUGGAAACCCACCAAUAGUGAAGGUGCCUAACAGGGUUUCAGAAGAUUACAUUGUGAAGAAAGUUAAGCCCAUAUACAAAUCAAAGGGGAUUGUCAAGAUUGAAUCAUACUUUCCCUCAGCUAAUGCAACAUUAAUGGCAGGAAACAAGAAGAACCGGGACCCAGUUGCAUGCCAGGCAAUGUUUGGAACUCUACAGUUGCAAUCAGAGAUACAAGAAGUAGCUGAGUUCAUGGUCCAAAAGCUCGAAAAUUGGAGCCAGGACUCAAAUGGCCCCUUCAUUGCAGUGGAUUUGAGAACUGAGGGGGUGGAAAAGGAGUGCCAGAGAAAAGAUGAGACAGGAAAGAAACUUUGUUACCAAGGACAUGAGAUAGGUGAAUUUCUCAACAAGAUUGGGUUUAAUCAAGAGAGUGUUGUUUAUGUGACACAGACCAAAUGGAGUACUGAACUUGAUGCGCUCAAAGCUAUGUUCCCAAAAACAUACACUAAGGAAAAUGUAAUGGCAGAAGCUAAGAAGGGAAAGUUUCUCAGCUCAGAAAGCUCUGAAUUUGAGAAGGCCAUUGAUUACUACAUAUGUUCUAAGAGUGAUAUCUUUGUGCCUUCUACUCCAGGCCUCUUCUAUGCUAAUGUUGUUGGGAUGAGAAUUGCGUCAGGGAGAAACCAGACACUUGUUCCUGGUGAAAUAACAUCAGCUUCAGCCUUUGACUAUGUAUCUCCCUAUGUGUCCCAGAAGAGUCAUUUUGCUUAUGCAUGCUUUUGUUAA